AAGUCGGGUCGCGGAGCUCGGCCUAUGUAGUCGUCGGCAGUAGCCCGAGGGAUUGGUUGCCUGCAGCAGCGCCAGCACGGCAGAGCGGUACAAACAUGAGGACGAAUCCGAUGAUAACGCAGAGCUAACAGUCAGCGCUUCUGUGGCGAUAAGAAGCGGCGUCGGGGCGAAUGGCGACGCAAACCGCCGCCAGGCGAUAACGAGCGCUUCCUGCGGCCGUCCGCGCACAGUGCUCCAGUCGCGGCGGCCAUGGCAGCUCGGCCGCCGACGCUGCACCAGCUUGUGGCGUUGUUGAUGGCGAUCAUACUACUGCUGCCACCGCUGACCACAACAGCAAAAGCACCUGCUGCUCAGCCUGACGAACUCCGGUGCGUCCCUCCAGGGGCAGCAACGGUGACCGUCCCCGAAUGCUCCUGGCGACAACACAUGCCCCACGUGGAGUGCUCGAAGUUCCCGCCUGACUCGCCCGCUCCCGGUCGCGCCAAACUGAGCCUGGAUGUUGGAGGCGGCAACUCUAUCGACUCGAGGUCAGCCUUCUGCGUCACACUGACACGCUUCCAGAGAAACAGCUGCGACACCUGCUUCGAGAGCCUGGAAUUCCGGAACUUCACCGUGGGCUGGGCUGUAAUUGGCCCCCGGUGCAAGGAAAGGGACUGCCUGAUUGAAGUGUACAUCCUGGAGAGUGUUGCAGCCCUGAGUCCUCUAAAGUACAACAGUACUUCGACGGAGUUUUGGAAUUUCACAAGCCCAGUGUUCAGAGAAGAUGAAGAUUUUUUUAUCACUGUUGCUUUCAAUGGCAUUACCAUGUGGUAUUCACGCUGUUCCAUAUCUUUAACGAACAUCUACAAUUUGGGAAAGGCGAGCAUCGAAAAAUUGGUGCUCUACAACAAUGACAAUAUCAGCACAGAUCUGAAACUGGGAAUGAUGCCAAAGUUGAAGGAGCUCACAAUCGCAAAUAGCUCCAUUCUAGACUUCCCAGAGGAUGCGCACGUCCUGAUGCCGGCCCUGGAAAAACUGGACCUGAGAGACAACCGUCUGACGUCGAUACCGUCGGCCAUUGCGAGCAUGCUGAAGCUGCAGGAGUUGAACAUGUGCGGAGCGAGGCUGCGCCGACUGACGGGGCAGCUGCCGCCGCUGCCGCGCUUGAGGGAGCUGAGCCUCUGCAACACUGGCCUGUGCUGCCUGCACCAGGAGCAGGACGCCUUCCGGGGGGUCCCCAACCUCGUGCUGCUCGACAUCUCGCAGAACCAGCUCACCUCACUGGGACAGGCACUGCGUGGACUCAACCAGCUGCAGUACCUCGAUGUCUCUAGAAACCAGCUGACCGAAUAUCCGCAGCUGUGGAUACAGGACUGCAGGGAGGGACUUCUCAGCUUUGCGUUCAAUCGCCUGCGAACGCUACCAGAUUGCAACAGCUUCUGCCAGAGCAGUAACGUGCUGCUCCUCGACGUCGAACACAAUCAAAUUUCUUCCUGGGAUGGCAGUCCUGACAUGCUGAGGUGCGUCUCGGGGCUGCACUUGUCGAACAACACGGUGUCGGAGCUGAGCGCGGCCAUGCUGCGCAGUCUGGACGCGGUGAGCGAGGUGGAGCUGGCGCAGAACCCGCUGCGGUGCGCGGGCUGCCCGCUGGUGCGGCUGCAGCAGUGGCUGGUGGGCACGGCGGUGCGCGUGCUCGGCGCCCCCGGCGGCGGGUCGGCGGGCCAGGCGCUGCGCUGCGCCGCGCCGCGCAACGUGGCCGGCAUGUCGGUGGCGGCGGUGCCCGCGGACGCCGGCGCGUGCCGGCCGCCGCCCCCGGCCGCGGCCGCGGGGCUCGCGCUCGGCCUCUCCCUGGCCGGCGCCGCCGCGCUCAGCACGGCCCUGCUCGCCGCCGCCUGCUACCGCUACCGCUUCGAGGUCGCCUACGGAGCCCACCUGCUCAGGAUGCGCAUGCGCGCUAGCCGUAGUCGGCGCCCCGGCAAGGACGUCUCCGGCACCCCCUUCGUGUUCGACGCUUUUAUCUUGUACAGCAGCAACGACCGCCCCUGGGUGGUGGGCACACUGGUUCCACUGCUGGAGAACGGACCGCAGCGCUACCGCGUCUGCCUUCACGAGCGGGACUUCCAGCUGGGCACCGUCAUCGUGCAGAAUAUCUCCAGGUCCAUGGAUCACAGCCGGCACACCAUCGUUGUCCUCUCAAAGAGCUUCCUCUCCAGCAGAUGGUGCCUGUGGGAGAUGGACUUGGCGAACCACCGUACGCUGGACCCGUCGCAGCGCGAGUUCAUCAUCCUGCUGGAGCUGGAACCGCUGGAACGUUCGGCGCUGCCGCGGCACCUGCGCUUCCUCAUGGAUACCCGCACUUACGUGGAGUGGCACCAAACGGGCGACGUUCAGUACGAGGAGCAGGCGUUCCGCCGACUCAAGAGGGCGCUGGGGGCCAGCUGCUUCACCUGCUCUGACGUCAGCCGCUGCUGACAGCACCUCACUGCCAGAGCCAUCUGGACUGCAGCGGUUGUGGUCACAACCUUGCAGUCACAUCACAGCCGCAGACAGACAGUAUUCAGCACGAAAGUCAAAAAACAAAUGAUAUUUCCACAAGCACAUUCCAGCCAGAACCUAUCCCUUCCACUUAAUUUAUCUGCCGAUGAACAAAGCCGUUGCUCCACGCACCUCCUCUCCCAUCAACGUAACUACUGAAAAUGCAUUACCUCUGUAUUCUAUGAGGUCAAGAAAGCCAACGACCUUUUAUAGUAUUCUGGUCUCACCAAGCUCCAAAUAUUUUCCACUUCCAGUUUCCUAUAUUUGCCUUAUUGCAUUACAUCUGUUAUGACCAACAACUAUUCUUCCUUCUAUCCCUUCACUUCAUGCCUAUGGGCUCCAUCCUCUUCCUACUCCUACAACUCGUGUACACUAAGCAUAUACAGGGUGAACCAGAACUUCACCGUUACUGUUCGUGGAUACCUUAUGAGUAUUUUGGUAGAAGGAACCCAAGGUCUCUGACGGCUCGUUAAAGUUAUUGCAUUUCGUUCAGUUUCUUGCCAAAAUAACUUUGUAUCUCAAAUAGUGCACAACAGUGCAAUGUCGAAGAUAUACGGUGUGUAUCUUAUUUGUAUUCGUUCACAGUACCUGAUUCUGACAACCGUGAUGCCUUUUUUAACUCGUUGUCCUCGAGCUUGCAUUCAGUACUGCUCGGUUCCGUCUUACGUUUUGUUUUCAAGCAGCGUUAACAGUGAUAAAUAGCAGUACUGUGGAUAAGUCUGCUGAUGGAGCAUUGGCCGAAGUGCACCUCUUGUAUAGGAUCACUGAAUGGAAUGGAAGAGCUACACAACGACGCAGUGGUGGACUGUUCCCGCAGUGACUUCAAACGACAUCACAGUACUUUUUCAUCUCUCUGAGGAAUGAUGAAUAACUCUGUGUUGUGUAUUGUAGUUCUGUUUAUAGCAUAUUACAAGCUUCGCUGUGAAGGUAUUUUCACGGAAACAGGGAUCACUGCAGUAACAAGCAGAAUAAAUCACUAUUACACUGAAACUUCCUGGCAGAUUAAAACUGUGUGCCCGACCGAGACUCGAACUCGGGACCUUUGCCUUUCGCGGGCAAGUGCUCUACCAUCUGAGCUACCGAAGCACGACUCACGCCCGGUACUCACAGCUUUACUUCUGCCAGUACCUCGUCUCCUACCUUCCAAACUUUACAGAAGCUCUCCUGCGAACCUUGCAGAACUAGCACUCCUGAAAGAAAGGAUAUUGCGGAGACAUGGCUUAGCCACAGCCUGGGGGAUGUUUCCAGAAUGAGAUUUUCACUCUGCAGCGGAGUGUGCGCACACUAUUACACUAUUACAUUGUAAAGAGUGAUAUUCACUCUACCGAUCGCCUAUUACCAUAAUUUCCCUCUCAGUAACAUAUUAAAUCUCCUCAGAGUAGCCGUUAACUGUAAAGUGGCCUGAACAACCAACCACUGAUCUCGUAAGGAAGACCCACAAAAUAUUAAAACCAGUUACUGGAUGAACAUUGGAAUUGAACUCUUCCACUAUACUUUACACGCAUACAACUCUAAUCCAUCCCAUCAUUUCUUUUGCCAGUGUAGCAUAAUUUUCUGCAGAUUCGAAAUUCUACAUAUACCGUCAUAUCACUGACCACCAAGUGCUCCACCUUCCCUUCCAGAUUAUUUUACCUCCUCCAACAUCUGUCCUUAACCAUCUUAUCAAAUUUACUUUUUCCCCACAUUGAACACUUCUGAAUACUCCACACCUCCGAUAAACUUAAUAAAUGUACAAUUCCCUCAUCUUCCCCAACUCAACUUUGCAACCUUUCACCAACACAAACCAGCCAUCCUCUCUUUGUAAUGUGUCAAGCACCUUCUCCUCGCAGCUCACGAAAUGCAUACCUUUGUCCGUCCAUCCUACCAACUCUUGACUGUUUCUCCUCUUCCACAUAAUGACUUCUGUGACCUGUUUUCCGUCUGACUUCAAAACCUUCCACCUAAGAUCCACACGUAAAUCUCCCAACCUGGCUGCUGAGACAUACUCGAAAUAUUCCUUUUGAUGCCACUAAUCGCUAUUGUCUUCAUCUUCCGUAACCGACAAAAGUAUGUCAAACUUUAUUGUAAACCACCAUGAAUCAUGACAUUAAAAUUAAAUCAUAAAACUUGCAA